AAAAUUUGUGUAGCGGAAAAUGUUGUGAAGACCUUGUUCAUGUUACCUGUCUGGAUUAUACAAGUGCACUAAUACUGGAACAGAAAUGUUCUCAGGAAACAUGCCUUUGGUGCCUUGGCUUAAAAUUUUCAAGUCUUGAAAUUAAAGUCCAUUGCCUCAAGGUUUGAUUUUAGUGGCAUGGAUUCAGGAAAGGAAACCAAGUGCUAGUGAUUUGGCAGGUCUUUCCCACAAAGUAAGGCUGGGCUGUGCAGGCAUGCUCCAUAAAAACACUUAUAGAACAUUGGGUAAUCCCUCAUGUUUCCCAAUCCCUGCCCAAGCCAUGGAGAGAGCACACGAGCUGGAACACAAGUCUGUUUUUCAGCUGGGCAGAUAUUUGGGGUUGGAUUUUUUUUCUUUUGUGCUCUGACAAACAAAUAUGUCUUUUAUCACUGAUUUCAGUAGUGUAGCUGAAGAUGUACAUAGAAAGCAAUGUCUCUGUGCUUUCCAGAAAAGGCUCUACAUUUUAAAGUUCUUUUAGUCAGUCUCUAGAGAGAAGAAAAUAUGCUCUUUGAGAGCUUUGUAACUAGCAGACAGAUAUUUAAAAUUAAAUUAAGUCUCAUUGUUUCCUACUGAUUGCUAUGUUAUCAUUUUAAUAUAACAUAAUAUCAUCAAUUUAGAAAACAUCUGCAUUAUUAAUAUCUAUUGCUUUUACUGACUCAUUAGGCUGGAUAUGCAAAAAUCUGACUAUACCUGCUUUAAGUAUCUAUCUGAUUUAUUCUUGUAUUGAGAACUUGAUGAAGUUUUGAUGGUUUUGGAGUUUUUGGGAGGGGGGGGUCAAGGUUUAUUUCUGCUAUCCCCAGCCAUGCCUCAUUAGAUUGCUUACAAGAAGCUGAAGCACAGAUAUUAAGGGUCUGAAAGCAUCUCAUCAAAGCAGAGGCUAAACAUGAGAUCUUAAGGAUAUAAAUGAGUCCUGAAAUCCAGUGCUUUUUUGUAACUGGCCAAAAGCCCAGAAGCAAAUUGCUGGAAUGGAAUCAACUAGAUACGUUCUUUAUUGUAGGAAAAAAUUCUCAAGGUUUUCCCAAACAUUUAUGAUGACAGUCUGUGUGAACACGUGCCUGGUCUGGGCAGAUGCCUGACUUUGCUCCUUGCCCUGUUAUACACAGGCAGUUUCUGUUCUUCUUUGUGACUUUUGGAUGGACUGCAUGGAAGUCACAUGCAUUGAAGUCCACUUGCUAAACCAAUUUUCAUUUUGAUGAAAUGCAUGCUGUAAAUGUGUUUGAGUGCUCCUGGUUUUGGCAUGUGAACUGACUUGAACAAGUGUGGAAGAGGAGUGUCACCCAGAGGCUGAUAAGGAAAGCAACUUCUCCACAUGUGGAUGAUCACAGUUUGAUUUGACUUUCUGAGAACCAAAUUAAUCUGACAUUACUGUGUGGUAUUGGAACAAAGUACUGUCAUCUAGAACAAUCAAAGUUGUUGUCUUGAUUUUGUUUGAGGUUUUUUUAAAAGCCCAAAGAUAUUAACAAUAUUUUCUAAAAAUCUUCAUUUUAAAUACGUCAUUUUUUGUAAAAUAUCUGAGGAUCACUAGUUUUAUUAUAGACUUUGCACAGCAAUGACUUUCUGUUUGCUGCUUCAGGAGUUCCUAUGUACAAGAUAUUUCAUUAAGCCCCAACUUUUGUUGUAAUUUCAAACCAGAUGGUGCUUCAUACUGAAAUUACCUGGAUUAUAUGGACUAUCAGUGAAAUGAUAAGGAACUUGGCAAGUACUAUCUGCUAGCUAGCACGCUCAGAUUUCUCCAAUCUCAGCUAACAUACAUAACAUUGUUUAGUAUUUUUCUUUAAAAUUUUCAGGUGUGACAGCAUAGACAAGAUUUUGAACAGCAAAUCAAACUUCUGUGUUGUGAAUCAGCAGUUCAACAUAGGGAGGCUGCUAUGUUGUUAAUUUAUUCCCUUGUUAGUGCACAUUAAUCCUCCAUGUAAGCAAGCCCUUCCUUAAGCUCAUUUCAGUGUAAAUCAUUUCCACAAGAUGAGCUUGCACCCGUGAGCAAAACCAGAGGGUGAACAAAGCUUUGGAUAAUCUUACAUCCACCUAAUGCAAAUCAUACAACCAUUUCAGUCAAUUUUCUACCUCUACCCAUUGAGGGGGGACCUGCUCUUGUCCUCUUUUUUUAACAACAAUUUUUUUUCUUCUGUGUAUAAUUAAUCUUGUCUCCUUUAUUCAUCUUAGCAUCUGAAAAGCAGAAACAGAUGGUUGUAAUCAUUUAGCCGUCAUUUUAUCACUAAAAAUCAAAUUACAAAAGCUUUCCUAGAAUGACUUUCCUCAUCUGUUUCAUGUUUUGCAUCUUUAUUUUGGGAGAAAGUUUAUUUUUCUAUCUGGUGCCUGCUUCUUUUGCCAGAUAGUUGAGGGACAGCUGUUAAUUGUUUACUGUCCAUUUGCCUGAAGAUCUGUUAGCUACACUGCCAGGAAAGCCCUCCAAGCAGCCACGUAGGUGACAGUGUUUUGAUGUUGUAGUCACUUCAUAUAUAAGGGUAAGACCACAUCAUAAUUUAUGUGAGUUGUGAAGUCCUCCAACAGCUCAUAGAGUCAAAAUGCAAAAUAUUGUAGCAUUAAUUCAGAAGGAGUCAGAGCGAGCACAGGCUUGGCAAGUAUGGCAGAAGCUGGCCCCAGUGCAAUUACUGGCAUCUUCAUGGGCUGCUUGUUUACAUUUGAAUUUUUGACCUAAACAAUCAGGUCAUUCUGGAUGGUGCCUUUGAAAUGCUCACUCAGGAAAUACAUGUGUCUUCAGCAGAGUGCUCAGGAUCCUGUCCCAGGACCAAAAUAUGGAAGGAGGCAAAGCGAGUCUGGGGGAUAAAUGAACCAGUGAACUCAUUUCAACUUGGCUGCCUGCCACAUCCUGCUCUCUCAGGGAAACACCAGCAGAGGGAAUGAGUAGCUGUCUUUCCAUUCAGAUCUGAAAGCUAUCUGACUGCUGUUAACAUUGGAGCAGAAGUGGCCAUGGUAUUUCAUGGACUCCCCGGAGGAAAGAUCCAAAGCCUGUGUAAUCUGAACAUCCCUCACUUUAACUUCUCACUGAGAUGGAAGGCUCUGUGUAAUCCCUGCUAUUUAUUGCUUUCCAGAUUCCACUCUGUAAGCAUCAAUAGUUUAUAUUUCAUCCAGUAUUGCCAGCAAACUGUAAGCUGAGUUAACAAAUGUCAUGCGAGAUGUUUUUCAGCUUCUGACACAGCUCACCACACGCAAAUGAGUAAAUGAGGCCAAAAUGUUCUAGUCAGCUUCUCUUCAGCACAGAGAUAAGCUCCUCUCUCACAGGUCAAAAUCAGCCUUAUCACACACUCCACACAUUGCUGAGUUGUGCAGUGGAGAAGGGAUGAAGUGAAGCAGGUGCCCAGCUGUGGGAAGGUGUCACACCUUUGACUCAGCUCUCCAGGGUUUGAACAUGAGUACCCAGCCACAUUCUGUGACCAAGGCAGAGAUCCCUAGCCAUGUUCUUUACACCGUAGGAACGUGUGUGCUCAUUAUUGGCUCCAUCGGCAUCAUCGGAAACCUCCUAGUCCUCUACGCAUUUUACAGCAACAAGAAGCUGAGGACUUCCCAAAACUACUUUAUAAUGAAUUUAGCUGUGAGUGACUUCCUGAUGUCGGCUUCUCAGGCACCCAUAUGCUUUGUCAACAGCUUGCACAGAGAAUGGAUACUUGGAGACAUAGGCUGUAACUUGUAUGCUUUCUGCGGGGCUCUCUUUGGGAUAACCUCGAUGAUGACUCUGUUGGCCAUCUCUGUUGACCGCUACCUGGUGAUCACAAAGCCCCUGCAGUCCAUCCAGUGGACGUCCAAGAGACGCACCUUGCAGAUCAUCGCCGCGGUGUGGCUCUACUCGCUGGGAUGGAGCGUGGCUCCGCUCCUUGGCUGGAGUUCCUAUGUGCCUGAGGGCUUGAUGAUAUCCUGCACAUGGGACUAUGUAACCUACUCCCCUGCAAACAGAAGCUACACCAUGAUUUUAUGCUGCUGCGUGUUUUUUAUCCCCCUGGCAAUAAUAUUCCACUGCUAUUUAUCAAUGUUCCUGGCCAUAAGGCGUACUGGCAGAGAUGUUCAAAAGCUGGGGUCCUGCAGCCGGAAAUCCUACAUCUCUCAGUCCGUAAAGAAUGAGUGGAAGCUGGCAAAAAUUGCUUUUGUGGUCAUCAUUGUGUUUGUCUUGUCCUGGUCUCCAUAUGCUUGUGUCACCUUGAUUGCCUGGGCAGGUCGAGGCAACAGCCUAACACCAUAUUCCAAAUCUGUGCCAGCAGUUAUUGCCAAAGCUUCUGCAAUCUACAACCCCAUCAUAUAUGCAAUAAUUCACCCAAGAUACAGAAAAACCAUCCACAAAGCUGUUCCCUGCUUGAGGUUCCUGAUACGAAUAUCGAAGAAUGACCUCCUGAGGGGAUCCAUAAAUGAGUCAUCGUUCAGGACCUCUCUCUACAGCCACCACUCUCUUGCUGGCAGGACCAAGAGCACUUGUGUUUCCUCCGUUUCUACUGGAGAAGCUACCUGGAGCAAUGUGGAGCUCGACCCUGUGGAGCCAGCUCAAGAGAAACUGCAGCCUCGCCGAAGUCAUUCUUUCUCCAUGAGUCUGAAACAAGAGAAGAGAGACCUGCUCCCAAAGACCUGCAGCUACGAUGCAGUCAGUGCCCAAAAGGUUUCACUCUCCUCCAGCUGUUUGGAAAAGGUGCUUGGGCAGCCUGUCCUACCCAGUCCCUCUGCAGCACUCACGACCAGUUCCCUGAGAGCAACUUCUCUGCCUGUCAGAUUGAAUAGCAGCAGUGUCACCAGUGGAGACUCAAGUACCUCCCAUAUGGCAGCUCAGGGAAGUCAAGCGAAUGGAGUUGUGGAUUCUCUCAUUAGCAAUGCAGUCCCUCGCAUCAUCAUCAUUCCUACCUCAGAGACCAAUCUGUUUCGGGAAGAACUGGAAGAGGAAGAGACUGAAUUAUUCCAAUUUCACGACAAAAAGGGAAAUCUGCUGGAUUUGGAGGGGCUUAGUUCAUCCAUGGAGUUCCUUGAAGCUGUUGAGAAAUUUCUAUCAUAACUUUGUCAAAAGAAAAUUUUCUGGUAAUUAUUUUCUUGGCAUCUUCUCCACUUAAUUAUACCAAAUAACUGAAGCCUUGUAGGUUAGAUCAUCAGAUUUUUUUUGUAUGUUUAUAUAGUAGUCACUAGGCAGCCUUCAGAUUUAUCUUUGUCCAAACCAGCUCAGGCAUGGAAACAGGCUUUCUUUCAGAUUGUGCUGCAGGAAAUGAGCAGUGGAAAAUCUGGCAGUACGAUCAAGUGGCAUUGGUCAAGGAGGCCGCCUGAUCUGUUGCCACUGAUGGGGGUGCCAGCAGAAGGAGAAACGACUGACUGAGAGCAGGGUCAGCUGCUGAAUGCUUCUGCUAUCUGCACAUGGAACAGCAUUCCUGUUUUGGCAGCUCUGCUCUGGACAGUGAUGGGAAGCACCGCAAGACCACAGCUUCCAGCAGCCCCAGCAGUAAGGCAGAUGGCUACGUGACCUCAACUAGAGUUUAAUCAAAUAAUUCUCAGCAUUGUUUUUGCUGUGUUUUAUUUUUAAAUAGGCAGAGUGCUGAACAUAAGGAAAGAAACUGGUGGUUUUUCACUGGGAAGUGACUGGUUCCCAGCUUCCAAUCCUCUGAAGUUUAGUGAUAGAAAUCUGGAUUUUACCUCAGCAUUAGCAUGGUCACCUAAAUGUCAAAAUGCAAGGUGCUAUGUGCUAAAACAUACAGUACUGUAGAAGCAUUCAGAGUACCUUCAGAUUCACAGUCCUGAUUAAAUAUUAAUGAGUCUGUGAUUGAAAGGGUGAAUGCUCACAGCUGGCUUGAGAAGUCAUUGACAAAAAUAAAGCCUUGGCUGCUGUAUAUCACUUGUCUGUUCAGAGGAGGUUCUUCUCAUCUCCUCUAAAACAAACCAGCAGAUGUCUUUUACAGGUCACUUACCAGAGGCCUUCAAAUUGGGUAAAACAUCAUCUUGGGGUGAGAACCACACGGUACUGUGGUGGUUGCUACAGGAUCUGCACUUAGAUCAUUAUCUGUGGUUACUAAUUGUGCUCAUUUUAUCUGUGCUUCACAUUAUGGCUCAGGCUCACAGGACUCUCCUAGCAUUUUAUUCGUAACUGCACUCUUCCUUUUUUUACUCAUUUUCCCAUUUUUCCAGGUCUUCCCUUUCAGUCUCUGAGUUUCAAAGAUAGACAACAAGCUGAACUACAUUGUUCUUCACAUAAUAUCAAUAUAUAUUAGUAGAAAUCAGGUGCUCCUCUGGAUAUAAUUGUGGAAAUAUUUGGUCCAGGGAGACUAAUAGCAUUCAGACAUUCAACAAGAGAGUGAAAGUUUAUGUUCAUAGUCUCAGUUUAUUUCCUUGGCUGUAUCCUAGAUUGUGCAGAGAACAGUGAGAGAAUUUCCAGGUUUUGUGUAUUGCACUGCCUGAUCUCGGGAAGUAAUUUCUCUUUGCCCAUUUUCCUGAUGCAAAAACCAGAUGGGAAGCAUAGAAGUGCUUUUAAUUACUUUUUUUCAUUACAAAAAAAGGCAACACAAAUCUUGUUUUCAACAAGCUAGACAGGAACACCACUAAAGAACCAAUUAAAACCCAGAGCAGCACAAGAGAAUGAAGAAUGCCUCCAAACUUGCACACCUGAGGCUCUGCAAGGUGCUAGACCUUUGCAGGGACUGAGACACUUGCUUUUGAUAUAGACUGUGCAAUUUUUAGAAAAAGAGAAAAAAGGGCACUGGUGUGUUACAGAGUCAGUUGCUGUGGCAGGCUGCCUAAAGCAGUGCUGACACUCUUAACGCUGCCAUUCUUUGAGGUGCUCUGCUGGCUAGAGACCCUCAUACCUCCUUACUGUGGAAAGCAGGGAAGAAAUAGGGGGUGGAGCCCCAUCAUGCAAAUGACUGCCUGUGUGUAGCCCUGGUGUGCGGUGCUGGGGACCAAGGCUCAGCUGGGGCAGCACCAGGCUGUGGUUCCUGCAGCCAGGCUGCCGAAGCCCGUGCCCGCUGCGUGCCGAGUUUUCUGACGGGCACAGGAAUCAUGCCAAGGUCAUCUACAAUGAGCUCAGCAAUUCCAAGGGCAGUUCCUCCAUUUGAGGACUGGCACAGUGAGCAGACAGUGCAGGACAGCUGCCGGGGACUGGGACAGGGACGUGCUCACUUGCAGUUCCACAGUGUCAGGUUUUCAUCCACUGCAUAGUUUUGGCCGCAAUGAGUAAUCAAAUGUUAAUUAUGUAUUAUGUUCAUGGGAAAUGGAGCAGGCUUAGUCCUAGGCUAAACAUACUGUCCUGCCAUCUUGGAUUCUUGUCCUUUUUUUUUGCUGAACCUGCCCUCUCUGAUUUUUUUUUUUCCUGCACCAACUGUGCAGUCAGUGACCCUACUAUUUCUUGCAUUUAAUAUCCUCAGCUACUGUAUCUUUUUUCUUCUUGAGCCAGAUGUUAGGAAGCAAGUGUUCUUUCAAGGCUUCCAAGCCUUAGACCUGACUUGUACUGUUGUAAUUACUCCAAAUAAUAAUAGAAAAUGCAUAUAGUGUUCCAUGUUAAAAAACAUGUUCUGGAGUAGCUUUUGCACUCAGAUUAUGACAGACUUAUACUGGGAAGACCGUAGGCAGGGUAUUGCCAUAGGUUUUGGCAGGAUGAAGAAUGGAAGACCUGAAGUCAUAGCCAACAAAUUCCUCCAUAUCUGAAGUUUUGCAUUCUACCUGUUAGCCUACAAGAUGGCUCUCCAGUCAUCUCUUGUAUGUGUUUGGUUCUAUUACUGUGGUGGUGCUGUGAGUGUGUCUCAGAAAAUUAGCAGGCUUGAGGUAUGUGCAAACAGUGUUUCACUUUUAUGCCGUUAGUGUCAUAGAUUGUUGGUACCAUUGCUUCAGAAGCUGCUAGAAAGAUUACUGCUUGUCUAAACAGAUGCAGGCUAAAAUACUAAAUGUAUUUUAGUACAUAUGGUAUAAUGGUAGAGAGAUAAAACCUAAAGUUGCAUGAAAUAUCAGAUAGACUUACUGCAGUCACUGUGAGACUUGUGCAGAAACAUCAGUCACAGAGUAAAUUAGUCUCAAAUUGAAUUAUACAAUGCAGGAGAAUUUUGCAAGCGUCUCUGUUGCCACAUUAGAAUAGAUGGCACAUAAAAAUGUACACUAAUUAAUGUUGCUUCCCGUUUCACAAAGGAAUGUAUUUCUUCACUUAAAUGGAAUAAAAAUUUCUUAGGAGUUAAACUGAA